AUGAAAAGAUUCUUCAGAAUAUUUUUUAUAGUUUCUUUUUCACCAUUAUGGACAUGUGCUAAAGUGCAUGAUGGACUUGAUCCUAUUGAGGAAAAACUAAAAGUCCUUCAAAACAUCGUAGAUGAGUUGAUGGACUUUAAAUAUACUCAACAACAACAGUAUGAUAAUCUUAAACUAGAGCUUUUGGAAAAUAAAGAAGAAUUUAAUAGGAUGAAGAUACAGUAUACAAGAAGAAUAUACGCGUUGGAAACUCGUACCCGUAAACUUGAGGAUAUAUCAAAGAACCAAGAACGUGAUAUUAGAAUGCUUAGAAAAAGUGAUGUGAAAAACAAGGACCAUAUCUAUCAUUUAGAAAACCUUUUUACACAAAUGGAGAAGGAAUGUGUGCACAAACCUGAUCAACCAGGUGAUAGUAGAAAUUGUUCCGUUGAAAAUAAGGCAAAACAUAAUUCAAGAUCCACAAAGAACCACACAACUGAGAGAAUUCAAAAAAGACUUAUUUUGCCUUCAAACACUGUCCAUGGUGUUAUUGCAUUUUAUGCCUACAUGUCAGCCAUAUUACAGUCGCCAAGUACCGGUACUCACUACGUUUUGGUCUUUGACAUUGUAAAAACCAACAUUGGAAACGCCUACCAUCCUACAACAGGAGUGUUCAUGGUUCCCGAGUCGGGUGUCUAUGUUUUUACUUGGACCAUUCGAUCUGGUGGCGACGAUACCCAUUCCGUUGAACUAAUGAUAAAUACCGAAGGAUUUGGCACCAUUUACCUCCAGACAUUAAACGCAGAGACAGAAGUGACUGGAAUUGUUGUGGCACAUGUUAACGUUGGCGACGACGUUUACUGGUUUCUGUGGGGAUUGAACCCAAGCAACAAGAAUCCUGAGUAUAAGUUUCUCAUUGAGAUUGGGAAGUUAACCACUAAACCACAUACCGGCAUACCAGUCUAG